AUGUUGAAGAAAGUGAGAGUUAUUUUAGGUUAUUUGGAAGUAAAUUUUGAAGGAAACUGCAUUUUUUUCUGUUUUUACUACUACCUGAUUGAACACUUGCUCCAGAGGCCCUUAAGACAUAGCUCUUUUUCACUACCGAGAAGACAAGCAAGGAGAGAAGACGAACAAAGUAACAGCUCAAUCUUCCCACGAAACUGGAAAAAGAAAUACCCAUUCUGGGUGUCAGAAAAUGGCUUGCUAGAUUAUCAUAACGACUGUGAAGAUGAGUCUUGUUGCAGUGUAUUCUUUACAGAUUGUUUGAAUGACGCGGGUGUUGAAGAAAUCGUGAAAGAAGCGCAACACAGCUGCGAAGGCUUUGAGAGUUUAGGAAGGAUGACCACGUGUGGAGUAAAAAGAAAAAGAAAGAUGCAAAGACGGUACAUGAGUUUAUUAAAAUUUCAAGCUGAAAUUGGUGAAAUAUUUGCCAACUAUAGAAGCCUCGAUAUACUUAUCUCUCAACAACCAGAAACACCUGCAAGUGGUUUAUUUUUUAUGAUACCUUGUCAAACUCUUAGAAAGUUUAAGAAGGAUGUACACAUGUGGAGCACAAAGGAUGGAAAACCUAUUCAGGAAUCACAUGUCAACCUCAAGGCCCAUAGAAGAAAAACCCUGAAGAAAUCCAGAUGCAGCAAACGGAGAAAGUGGACCUGGCAUGUACAUGUCAGCAGCUCUAAAGAAUGACACACGACCUAAGACUGGGAUGGAAAUAGAGGCGGCUAUGAGAAUUAAAAUGGGAGUGGGAGAGCAUUGCUGUGUAGAAAGAAUCAUGUAGAAAAAUUUGUAUUGAGAGUUUAUUUUUGUGGGGAGUACUGGCCUCUCAUAUUAGCCAGCUUAGUAUUUUCAUCUUCGUAUUGGAGUGUGUUUUUUCUUAAGCAGUUUCCAGUUUAUUCCUAUUGACAGCAUUGUAAUGAAAUGAAUUGAGUGAUUGAAUAUUACAUUGAUAAAUGAAUGAAACAUUUUCUGAUAA